AUGUGCUCACUAUACGACCUCAUUCGAGGUCUGAGGAACCAUAAGGGGAAUGAGCGCGAGUACAUCCAGAACUGCCUCAAGGAAUGUCGGUCGGAAAUCCGGAGCGCCGAUAUGGACCUCAAGGCGAUCGCAUUACUCAAGCUCAUUUACCUCGAGAUGGUUGGCCAUGACAUGUCUUGGGCGUCUUUCCAUGUCCUCGAAGUCAUGUCGUCACCCAAGUACCACCAGAAGCGGGUUGGAUAUCUCGGUGCUGCCCAAAGCUUUCGACCCGACACGGAAGUUCUCAUGCUGGCGACGAAUCUUCUUAAGAAGGAUCUGGCGUCCACCUCGAUCCCCAUUAUGUCCCUACCGAUCACGACCCUCCCGCAUAUCAUCACCCCCUCCUUGGCCCUCUCCGUGCAAAGCGAGAUGCUUUCCCGUCUGGGCCACUCGCAUCCGAACGUGCGCAAGAAGACCAUUAUCACACUCUACCGCCUCGCCCUCGUGUACCCAGAGACCCUCCUCGCCGCUUGGCCUAGGAUAAAGGAGCGCCUGAUGGACAAGGAUGAAGACCCUAGCGUUACUGCCGCUAUUGUCAACGUUAUUUGCGAGCUCGGAUGGCGACGGCCUCAUGAUUUUUUGCCCCUUGCGCCCCGGUUAUUCGAACUUCUUGUGGACGGAGGGAAUAAUUGGAUGGCCAUUAAGCUCAUCAAGCUCUUUGCUACUCUCACGCCGUUAGAACCUCGUCUCGUCCGCAAACUGCUUCCUCCCUUGACCGAGAUUAUCCGUACUACGCCAGCCAUGUCUCUAUUAUACGAAUGUAUAAAUGGUAUCAUUCAAGGAGGUAUCCUUGGAAGCGCAGAUGACAUAUCCGGUAGGGAGGAGAUUGCGUCUCUUUGCGUCGACAAGCUGAGAAGCAUGAUUCUGGUGGACGGCGACCCGAAUUUGAAAUACGUUGCGCUCCUCGCCUUCAACAAGAUCGUCGUAACCCAUCCUUUCUUAGUGUCUCAGCAAGAAGACGUAAUCCUAGAAUGCAUCGAUAGUCCUGAUAUUACUAUCCGAAUCAAGGCCUUGGACCUAGUCCAGGACAUGGUUUCCUCAGAGAAUCUCUUGUCUAUCGUUGGCCGGCUGAUGAAGCAGCUAAGGGCUUGCCAGCCCUCUAAGCAAACCCAGGGCUUUGCCACUCAGCAAUCCAGUACAUGGACUGCCGAUUCAGAUGAGGGCUCAAACAACGAUUCUCCAAGGGUAUCGACGUCGACUAGUGAAGCAUUACCGGAAGAGUAUCAAAUCGACAUUAUUGGCAGAAUUCUAAAGAUGUGCUCCCAGAAUAAUUACAACUCCAUCUUCGACUUCGACUGGUAUAUCGAUGUUUUGACGCAGCUCGUGCGACUGGCCCCGGCUCCUCGGGCAUUUGAACAAGACCCUUACCUGCCCGCAUCUCGCUCCUCGGCUGUGGACGUAACUGAGACGAUCGGGGACGAGUUAAGGAACAUCGCCGUCAAGGUCAAGGCCAUGAGAGGCUCUGCGGUGAGGGCCGCCGACCUCAUAGUGCAGCAGCUUCUCCUAGAUACGCCCAACCAAAAUUCUAUCUCCUCUGCCGCACUCAAGUCGAUAGCCUGGCUUCUCGGCGAGUAUGCCACAUCACUAGCAUCCCCUGAUACCACGCUCGCAUCGAUCCUGCAGCUCAUCCCGAGAGCAUCCUCUCCCAUUAUUCUCAUCACCUGCCUCCAAGCUACCGCAAAGAUAUUUGCACUAAUAGCUGGUGACCAGUACCAGCCGUGGACAGCUGAACGCAAGAGCAGUAUCUCUCUGCUCAUGGCUCGAGUCAUUGAUGCGUUCGAGCCGCUGACUCAACACCCAAACCUCGAGGUUCAGGAACGCUCCGUCGAAUUCGUGGAGCUUCUGAAGCUUACCUCUGAGGCGGUGUCUGGGCACCCUCCAUCUACGGAUGAGACACAGCAAGAUCCACCCCUUCUACUAACUCAAGCCAUCCCGUCUCUCUUCGCCGGCUGGGAUUUGAACUCUGUGGCUGUAGGUGCUCAAUCAAAUGUACCAAUACCGGAUGGCUUGGACUUGGACAAUCCUAUCCAUCCAGAUUUGGAACGACUCCUGGCAGAAGCAGACCUGCCAUUCCUCAAGAAUGAGGAAAGCGACGACUUUACCUCGUACUACUACAAGAAGCCUGCGGCAACAUCUAUCUCCUCGGAGAUGUCUAUGCCCGCGAUUAGCAGGCUAGGCGGCGCGCCCGAAGAAUUCACGAGCUCUUACCAGCAGCAAGUGACUGAGGAGAGCUACCUCGAUGCUGAUAUCGUGGCGAGGCGGCGGGCCGAAAGACUCGAUCGCAACCGAGACGAUCCGUUUUACAUCGGCGGCAGCGACGUCAGCAAGUCUUCCACGCCCAUUCACAGAAUCCUUCAAUCCACCAACGGUCCCGAGCUAGACAUCGACUCCAUCCCCAUCAUGCAGCUCGACAUCGACAAGCUCGCCGCCGACACAUUGCCGACCUCCUCUGCCAGACACCAUGCAAAGCCACUAGCAACCCCCAGCGCCCGCCGGCAAAUCGUAGUCGCGCAGGACGAGACGCUCGGCGGAAGCGGGCGAUCAACGCCGCGCACCCAUGAUUCGGACGAGUCGCGGCAUGGUCGGGGAGCGGGAGGACGGUCGAAGAACUCGUCGUCUAUCCUCAAGGUCAGCUCCUCAGGCAUCGAGUCGCUCAGCCUAGAGGCCGGGGCGCCGACGGAGGAUGCGCGCGCGAGGGACGACGAGGAGAUGGCUAAGGCGAUGAAGGAGGUGGAGAGGUUGCGGCUGGAGAUGCAGAGGGCGAAUGAGAGGAUUCAGGUCGCGCAGGGUGUGGACGUCGAGGGUACGGUUGUGAAGAAGAAGGUGAAGAAGGGGACGAAGAAGGGAGUUGCUGGGACCAAGAAAAAGAAGAAAGCUGCUCCCGCUGCAGUUGGAGAGGCGGGUCCUGCGAGCGGGAACGGGAUUGAGGAUGCUGCUAUUGGAGGAGGUGAUGCUGUGGUGGUGGUGAAGAAGAAGAAAAAGAAGGUCAAGCCGCCUGUUGAGAUAGAAGAGUGA